CCUAAGUGAAAGGGGUGGGGCUCCCUCCACAGCCCCCUGGGGAGUUCUGGGGAGGAGAGAGCCGAGGAGAACCUCGGAAGCUUUGAACUGGUCAGACCACUUUGGGAACCUGGGAGUAGGAGCCAAGGAGCGAGAGAAGACAGGCGGAGAGAGAGGCCGGCUGGAGGCUGGACAGGCUGCUGCGUCCAGGGCUGGGGCAUGAAGCUGCUGCCCAACUGGAGAGCGGUGCUGCCCGCAGGCCCUCGGGGCAGGGCCUGGACAUGGGCACGGCAACCCAGAAGAACUGCUCACACCUGUGCCCCAAAGAUGAGGGCUGAGGAGGAGCCCGAGGGCCGGACACAGCACGAGUCCCUGGGCUCAGCACCGACCUCCACAAAGGACCCCACUAUGUCCCUACCCACAGAAUCCAGGUUUGACAUGUUGUAUAAGAUCGAGGACCUGCCACCCUGGUACCUGUGCAUCCUGUUGGGCUUCCAGCACUACCUGACCUGCUUCAGCGGCACCAUUGCAGUGCCUUUCCUCCUGGCUGAGGCGCUGUGUGUGGGCCGCGACCAGCACACGGUCAGCCAGCUCAUAGGCACCAUCUUCACCUGCGUGGGAGUCACCACCCUCAUCCAGACCACGCUGGGCAUACGGCUACCACUGUUCCAGGCCAGCGCCUUUGCAUUUCUGGUCCCAGCUAAAGCCAUCCUGGCCCUGGAGAGAUGGAAAUGCCCCCCGGAAGAGGAGAUCUACGGUAACUGGAGUCUGCCCCUGAACACCGCUCACAUCUGGCACCCACGGAUACGAGAGGUCCAAGGUGCAAUCAUGGUGUCCAGCAUGGUGGAGGUGGUGAUCGGGCUGACAGGGCUCCCUGGGGCCCUGCUCAGCUACAUUGGGCCUCUCACGGUCACCCCCACUGUCUCCCUCAUUGGCCUCUCUGUCUUCCAAGCUGCUGGUGACAGAGCUGGCUCCCACUGGGGCAUCUCAGCUUUCUCCAUCCUCCUGAUCGUCCUCUUCUCCCAGUACCUGCGCAACCUCACCCUCCUGCUGCCCGCCUACCGCUGGGGCAAGGGCCUCACUGUCUUCCGCAUUCAGAUCUUCAAGAUGUUUCCUAUCGUGCUGGCCAUCAUGACCGUGUGGUUGCUCUGCUACGUCCUGACCCUGAUGGAUGUACUGCCCACAGACCCCACGGCCUAUGGCUUCCAGGCACGAACAGACGCCCGCGGUGACAUCAUGGCUAUUGCGCCCUGGAUCCGCAUCCCCUAUCCCUGUCAGUGGGGCCUGCCCACAGUGACCGCGGCUGCUGUCCUGGGAAUGUUCAGCGCCACACUGGCGGGCAUCAUUGAGUCCAUUGGAGAUUACUAUGCUUGUGCCCGCCUGGCUGGUGCUCCGCCCCCUCCAGUACAUGCUAUCAACAGGGGAAUCUUCACCGAAGGCAUCUGCUGCAUUAUCGCUGGGCUGUUGGGCACGGGCAAUGGGUCUACCUCCUCCAGCCCCAACAUUGGCGUCCUGGGGAUUACCAAGGUGGGCAGCCGGCGUGUGGUGCAGUACGGUGCGGGCAUCAUGCUCGUCCUGGGCACCAUUGGCAAAUUCACCGCCCUCUUCGCUUCGCUGCCUGACCCCAUCCUGGGGGGCAUGUUUUGCACCCUCUUUGGAAUGAUUACAGCCGUGGGGCUGUCCAACCUGCAGUUCGUGGACAUGAAUUCAUCUCGCAACCUCUUCGUGCUGGGGUUUUCCAUGUUCUUCGGGCUCACGCUGCCCAAUUACCUGGAGGCCAACCCUGGCACCAUCAACACAGGCAUUUCUGAAGUGGACCAGAUUCUAACUGUGCUGCUGACCACGGAGAUGUUCGUGGGUGGGUGCCUUGCUUUCAUACUGGACAACACAGUGCCAGGGAGCCCAGAGGAGCGAGGUCUGACACAGUGGAAAGCUGGGGCCCAUGCCAACAGUGAGAUGUCUGCUGGCCUCAAGAGCUAUGACUUCCCCUUUGGGAUGAGCGUGGUACAAAGGAUUGCCUUUCUGAAAUACAUUCCUAUCUGCCCAGUCUUCAAAGGAUUUUCUUCAAGGCCAAAAAACCAGCUUCCAGUUCCAGAAGAUACUCCAGAAAAUAUAGAAACUGUAUCUGUGUGCACCAAGGUCUGAAAAAUUACUUCCAGGAAAGGAAGCACGGUAUAUAACAGGAAAAGAAAACUACAUGGGGAGUAAGAAGACCUAAGUUGGAAUCCCAGCUCUGCCCCUGACUUCCUUCCUAUGUAAGCCUAAGUAAGUCACUCUAUCUGGGACUGUUUUUACAUCAGACAGUGGAAGAAUGGGCCAAAGCCUCUUUAAGAGACGUGCACCACCAUUAUUCUGCAUCUCUAAAUUUUUAAUUUCCUAAGCAGACAUGUCAGCAUAUAGGCAAUGGCUGGAAAAUUUCCUCUACCACAUCUUGGAAUCCAAGCUGAUAACAAGAGAAAGAAACCAGUUCGGAUUCCAGGGCCUGAAAUGAAGGCACGCUGGCCGGCUUUUCAGAUUGAAUCCAAGCCCCCCCUGCAUCACUUAUUUCAAGACCAAAGCAUAUCAGAAAUGUUGGAGUAAUAAUAAAACCUUAGUUUUAUAAUUCAUAUACAACUAUUUCCUUGGACAGGACAUAUUCUCCUUUCUCUCAAGGGAAAUGUAUGUCUCAACUUUAAGAAGUGUAAUUGUUUGGUGCAAUUGUUUGGCAACUACAAAAGAAUGAAAAGGAAUUAAAGUAAUCUAAAAUAGA